AUGCAAUUUGGAAAAUGCCAUUUUGCAAGGAAACCUUUAGCUAUUUUAGUCCAAUCAUUUUCUUUAGGUACUGGCAUAUGUAGUGGUUGUAAUCUCUUCCAAAGCCAAUCACACACUUCUGGAACAAUUUUGACAAUCGUUGAUUUGCCAAUUCUGUAGCUGAAGGAGAUUGUUUUGUAAGAAUCUCCAGUGGCAAGGAACCUAAAAUAAAUAUAAUUUUUUUUUUUUUAAUUUACUGUACAGGAGAAACAGCUAAUAAGAAAUGGACCAAUAUAAGGGAUGCAUUUCAAAAUAAUCGGAAAAAGAAUACAUCCAAGAGUGGAGAUGGUGCCAAGAAAAACAUUCGGUGCUACAAGUAUGCAGGAAUACUUGGAUUUCUUAUCCCAUUCAUUCAAAACAGAGAGUAAGUAUAUAUGCCUAUUCUUUUAUCCUGUGUCCUAGAGAAAAAGGGCUUUAUUGCAGUAUUAAUACACUUAAAAGUGAACUAAAAAUGAGGUAAUAUUCAGGCAAUUUUUUAUAACCAACUCUCCAGAACAUUGUAAACAGCAAUUUUAUGUGCUACAUGUACAUAUACCUUUAACUCUAUAAUUAAACCCACAUUUUCUCUUGGGAUGCUUUCCAUUUAAAGGUCUGACCGGUCAGACCUGAAUUUUUGUCUCUGUAUCAAUGGAAAGAUCUGGUCUAUGUUUCUCAAAUAUCUACAAAAAAUCAGCCUCAUUCUAAUUUUAUCUAAAUUUUCCGGUCAUAUAGUUGCGAAGCCCAAAUGUUUUGUGUUUCAUUCAACAAUUUGACCGUUUUGACCGGUCUGGCCGUGUUAAUGGAGAGCGCCCUUGGAUUAGUACUAGGUAUCUAGAGAAGUGCUAUACGAAUAUUAUAAUAAACAACAAUUGUUUAGGGUUUUUUUUCCUUUUUUUCUUUCCAGAACAUCAACUAACCUGGAUACACUCAAAGAGGGAUCAGAUUCAGUGGGUAAUGGGCAGGAAGAGUUAGAAAGAUCCGAUGAUGAAGACUCGCUGUUGUCCAUAGAUACAUCUGCCUCUAGUACACCUUCCCCUGGUUUAUCACAAUCUUUAGGGGCAACUCCCUCGUCAUCAACAGCUUCCUACUCUUCCCGCAAGCGACGACAAAACUCGACUGAAAAUGCUGUUGACUUAUCUAUUGUGGAAUAUUUGAAAAGUCGCAAAACUACACCUGAUAAACCAGAUGAGAUAACAGAAUUUUUUAAUUCUAUGGCUAUUAGUGUAAAAAAAUUUCCUGAAUUGCAACAAGCUGUGGUGAAGUUUAAAAUUCACCAAAUAGUACAUGAAAUGGAAAUGGAAAUCCUCUUUGCAAAACCACAUCCAAAGCAUCAAACUGGACUGCUAAGUCAACAGCCACACAUACAGACUGGGCCAAUACAGACUGGGCCACAGUCUAACCAAUUUUCACAUCCACCAUAUCAAGUUUCUCAGGGCAUGCCUCAACAUCAUCAGUUUCAGCAAUCAACAUCCCUAGCCAAUGACUAUAGACAGGAACACAGCACAAAUGCAGAAACUGGAUUAACCUAUCACUCCCUAUCAUAA